UUGUAAGAAGCGAGCCUCCCAUUUCUCUCUCCACCCAUCUCUCUCACUCUCUCUCUCGCUUUCUCAUCAUCAUGUCCUUCCGGCGGCUCUGGCCGUCCGUUCUCCUGGCAUUCCUCUGGUUUUCCCCGGGAGUGCAACCGGCAUUGCUGCUGGCGAAACAUCACAAGAAGGCGUCGGCUCGUACUCCCCGCUCGCCGCUGCCCCGCAACGCAUCGGCGUGCGACAUCUUCGUCGGGAGCUGGGUGGUCGACAGAGACUAUCCUUUAUAUCCAUCUUCAGAUUGUCCAUACAUCGACCCCGAGUUCAAUUGUCAGUUGUUCGGAAGGCCGGAUUCUCAGUACCUCAAGUAUAGAUGGCAGCCCUCCAACUGCGACCUACCAAGGUUUGACGGUCAGCUUUUCCUAUCGAAAAUGAAGGGCAAGUCGAUGAUGUUCGUGGGGGAUUCUCUUGGUCUCAACCAAUGGCAGUCGCUGAUCUGCAUGCUUUACUCCGCUGCCCCUAAAGCCAGAGUUCAGAUGAGCAGACGAGACCCCUUGUCCACUUUUCAGUUCCUUGAUUAUGGGCUUUCCAUAUCUUUCUACAGGGCACCGUAUCUGGUGGACAUAGACAUCGUGGACGGGAAAAGAGUGCUGAAGUUGGACUCCAUCGCCGAGAACGGCAACGCCUGGAAGGGUGUGGACGUUCUAUCCUUCAACUCGGGACAUUGGUGGACUCAUAAAGGAGCUCUUCAAGGGUGGGACGUGAUGGAAGAAGGCGGAAAGUAUUCGGAGGACAUGGAUCGGCUGGUGGCAUUUCAGAAGGGCAUGACAACGUGGGCUCGCUGGAUCGACGCCAACAUUGACCGCUCAACAGCAAGAGUCUUUCUCCUGUCGGUCUCGCCAACUCAUUACACGCCAAAGGAGUGGAAUGACCCCGUGUCAAAGAACUGCUAUGGGCAGACGGAACCUGUGCCGGGAUGGAGCUACCCUGGCAGCUACCCGGACCAGAUGGCGGUCCUCCAGGCCGUGGUGAAGAGCAUGUCCAACCCGGCCUACCUGCUGGACAUCACCACCCUCUCCCAGCUGAGGAAGGACGGCCACCCUUCCAUCUACAGCGGCGACCUCAGCCCCCAGCAGAGGGCCAACCCACAAAGAUCCUCCGACUGCAGCCACUGGUGCCUCCCCGGCCUCCCCGACACCUGGAACCUCCUCUUGUACACCGCUUUAUUCUUUUGAUUUAAUCGUCAAACUAGUAAGCAUCACGGUGGUGCUGAUGGUGAUCAUCCAUUCUCUGCCCUGCAUCCUCUCCUCCCUCGCCUUUUCUUAGAAAUGCUUUGUUCAAGUAAAGCAUAUCAGCAUUUAAAAGGUUUAUGAAAUAUUUAUCAGGAUCAGAUGCCUUUCCCCCCUUGUAAUAAUUCCUUUGUUGUCCGUCCAUCUUCCGAUUGUCGAAGUUCCGCUAUUUCAAUGAAAAGAAGGAAUAAGAUUAACAUCGGUGGUGCUGUAA